AUGAAUGAAAGAAGAAAUAGCAGAGAGCCCAUGGAUAGACACCCAAUGGAAAGACACGAUGGCUUCCGGAGAGACAUGGAGAGACACGAAUUUCACAGAGGUCCAUCUUUGCUUCACCAUGGGAACGUGGCAACGUCAUCCUCUGGAAAUGGACACGAUACGCCCAUUCUAGGUGCGUCCAAGCUUGCACCCAAACUUGCACCUAAACCCAAGCCAAAUCCUUUUGGAAAUGCUAAACCCGUUGACGUCAUCGCUAGACAGCAGGAGAUUGAGAAAAAGUUAAUAACAAUUAACCACACAACUAUCAAAACUGCAGGGUCUCUUGAGGAACCAGAGGAAAAUACUAGAAAACUGCGUUCCAGUAAAAGUACAGAGAAGAGUUUAAAGAAAAAUGCAGAACAAAAGUCCAGCUCAAGCACAGAAGAGCGUCAUGCCACACACACAGAAAACAGCACAGGAAAUGAUGACCAGAAACGACAGACAGAGCUUAAGGAAGAAAGCACUCCAGGCUUGAAACCAGCACAAGCUCCGCCUUCAGUCUAUGAUCAAAAGCAAAGUUUGGCGGACAUUCUCAGCAGCAAAAGUGACCAGGACGGAAGUUUACUGCCCCACAGAAGUAAUGCUGGAACGCCCAAAUUAAAGGCAGCAAAACCGGUCAUAUUGAAGAAGAAGCCUUCGGUGGUUUCCUCUCCAGCACACCAGCUAGAACUAGAAAAGAUGAGCAGCCAAGAAAUUGUUCACGAAGAGGAGGAGAAAACAAUCGACGAAAGCAAAGAGCAGCAAAGUGGCCAAGAUAUCCCCAAAGAUACCGAAGAGACACCCGAGAAGAAGCUCAACCAGCUGGUUGUUGGUGAGAAGAAUGAAGAAAAGGAGAAGGAAAGGCUUGCAAAGACACGUCGGCGCCGGGAGCUGAAGUCUAAGGAGUUCUCAAAGAAUAAUGAGACGGCUCUGCGUUCUGAUCUAGGUCAAAGUGAAUCUAGUGAUAAAGAUAAAUUGACACGGCGUGGUUUAUCCGAGAGAAAUACGUCAUUUGCCUCCGAGGAUCGUCCAAAUUUCAAAGAACAUUUCACGGAAAUGACGCAAGCCGCAGAGAGUGACUCAAGGAAUUCGGCUCGCUCAUCUAAGUCAAGAAGAUCGAGAGGCCCUCGUGAUAGAAAGAGAUCAACUAAAAGAAUUUCGGACGCCCUGAAUGUUCAGAAUGCGGGGGACGAGCAAGCUGGCAGUGGCCCAUCUGUGGAACUGAAAGAUGUCUCUCCAAAAGGAGGAAACAUUGACACAAAGCUGGAAACAAAACGUAAUCCUAGGAGACCAAGAAACAAACAGCCAAAGAAUGCAGAAGAUGCACCUGGUAAAGAUAUUAGCAUAAUUAGAGGCGCCGAAGACAAGACGGCAAAGGUGGAAAGAACAAGAGAAGAAUCAGGGGAGAAAACUGAAACAAAGUCUGGAGACGAAAGACGUAAAAGAGGCGGGCGUAAUCGCCGGGGAAGAAGAAGGAAAGAUAUUCCUGGAGAAGCCGGGACAGAAAAUCCAGCCACGGUUUCCAACUAG